AUGGAAGAUCACAAGCUUCUGGUGAAGGAUGGUUAUGACAAGAUCGCCCAGACCUACCUCGACUGGAGUCAUGGGAAACCAGCAGCCCGUGUCACCCGUGUCACCUACGUGGAGAAGUUGCUCUCUCAACUGCAAAGUCCAACUGAAGCAAAUGUCCUCGAGCUCGGCUGCGGCGCAGGAGUUCCAUGUACGCGAUUGUUGGCACAGUCAUGCGGUCGAGUCUUUGCCAACGACAUCUCCCAAGCGCAAAUCCACCUCGCCAAGGCGAAUGUGCCAGAGAAGAACGUGCAUUUUAUCCAAGGAGACAUGACACAUCUCGAGUUUGACCGUUCAACAAUCCAGGCUGUGGUGGCCUUCUAUUCCAUCAUUCACCUUCCACGUGAAGAGCAACGCAGCCUCAUCCAACAAAUCUGGGAGUGGCUGUCCCCCGCAGGCUAUCUGCUGUGCAACUUGGGAGUUGCAGAUAAUCCUGGGUCAACAGCAGAUUGGUUAGGAUCGCGAAUGUAUUGGAGCAGCUUUGAUGUCGAGACUGGCAUGAAGAUGCUGAAAGACACCGGCUUUACUGUCACCCAGAGUGAAGUGCUACAUGACGACGAGGAUGGCAGGCUGGUUCCAUUUUUAUGGGUUUUGGCCCAAAAGAUUUAA